AUGCUCAUCCGUCUGUUGUAUGUUCAUGCCUUGCUGAUCAGCUCCAUUGCCGCCGCCGUCAUCGACUGCUCCCGAGAGGACUCUUGCUUCGGCGAACCGAUCGAUUGUGAUCCGGACAGAGAGUGCAACACUCUCCUGCAGUUCUACCCAAACGGAAGUGCGGAUCUCUUCCUUCGAGACUUCACAGAUCCAAUCGGAUACGCCGCAUUUGCAAUCGGUCACCACCCGGACGAAACCAUUGAGUAUUUCAUUUGCAUUCCACACGAGAGACAACGUCUUCGAGCACUUGCUGAGUUGAGAGGUCCGAUUGUUGUUACGGAGCAGGUAAGUCUCAUGAUUUUUCAGAUGCAUUGUAGCUACUCGUUUUCUAGAAUCUGACCAAUGUUGUGGACAAAAUCGGAGAGAACUUCUUCCAAUGUCAUGUGGAGGCAUCAGAGUUGCCUGAGUUAUUCAAGCAGGAGCAGUCAUUUUUCGUUUCCAAGGGAUCGCUCAAGGAAGGACUGGUUAUUUUUGACGGAGUUCAGUUGCAUAACUUGGAAUUGGAAGAUGACGACAUUGACAAUGAUUUCGAUCAGGACGCGAUUCUUCCCUCCAUUCAUUACAUCGGCUCACCAAUUGAUCGGAGCUUUGCUGACACGGAUACCUUAUUCACUUCGGAUGAAAUUAAAAGUCUUUCGGAUGCCGUCAUCAAUAUUCCGAAGGUCACUGAUGGAAAAGACGAUUUGGAGCUAGAGGAACUGGCCCGCAGACAGACUAUCCGCAACUCCCGUCGUUUGCUCGACAGUGACAUCUCCAAGUCAAGAUUCCAGGACGAUGACGAAGAGGUUGAACACAGUCAUAUGCCAAGAAGCCGCGCUUCCCGAUACGAAGAGGUUAAUGUGAUGAGUGAAAAGGAUGAAUCUUCGGUGAGUUUUUGGGUCUUCAAAAAAAGAAUUGUUAUCUUUUUCUUUUCAGAAGAAAAGGAGUACGUCUUCUCAUCGCCAGCAUUACGAUGAUUUCGAAGAGGAUGAAAACGAGGUGCCACGAAUGAAGAAUAACAGAAGAAUUCGUCAAGAUGAGGAGGACAACGAUGAGGACUACAGUCGUAACCGUGGAAAGAAGAACGAAAAGGCAAUUGAAAAGAAUGACAAACUUGACAAUGGAAGCGAUGAGUGAGUAUUAGCUUUCAAAACUGACUUAAGCCGCAUCAAAUUUUAUGAGAAUCUUCUUCACAUUUCUGAGUAUUCACCAUAAAAAUUUUAGCGACACGUUGAAUUUGAGUAUGUAUACAUAUAUAUACAUACAUAGUUAUGCUACAGAUAGAAUGUCAAGGGCGAUAGCCAAAUGCAUUUUGUAUUUGUACUGUUCCAUUACAGGUUUUACGACGACGACACAAACGUUGCAAGUGACUACAAGAUCACAUCAAUUCACUUGUCUCUUCCAAUGCUCAUCGCCUUCUUCAUUUGA